CUUAACUCCCUAAACCAAAUCAAGAAAAAGAAAGAAAAGAAAAGUCCCCCCUUAAAAAUCGACCAAAACAGAAAACCCAGAUCAUAAAAAGCUCCCUAAAAUGUUGAGUGAAACAUUGAAGAACAAGUACCAAUUAUGUGAAGAGAUCGGAAGAGGGCGGUUUGGGGUUAUCUCUCGAGUGUUUUGCCCUUCAACCCAAUCCUCCUUCGCCUGUAAAUCCAUCGACAAACGCCUCCUUUCCGACCCCACCGAUCGAGAAUGUCUGGAGAACGAACCCAAAAUCAUGACCCUUUUGUCUCCUCACUCCAACAUCGUUCAAAUCUACGACAUGUUUGAAUCCGAUGAUACCCUUCAACUCAUCAUCGAUCUCUGCCAGCCUUUUACCCUCUACGACAAGAUUCUGGAACCCGAUAUGUCUGAACCUAAAGCCGCGGCUUACAUGCAACAGCUUAUGUUGGGUUUGGCUCAUUGUCACAGGUUUGGGAUCGUUCAUAGAGAUAUUAAACCUGAUAACAUUUUUUUCGACUUCAGAGGUAAUUUGAAGAUUGGGGAUUUCGGGUCUUCCACAUGGUUAGGGGAAGUUGGGACCGCCGAUGGGUUGGUGGGUACGCCUUAUUAUGUAGCGCCGGAAGUUGUGAUGGGUAGGGCUUACAAUGAGAAGGCUGAUGUGUGGAGUGCGGGUGUGGUUUUGUACGUUAUGUUAGCCGGUGUUCCACCGUUUUACGGUGAAACGGCGGAGGAGAUUUUCGAGGCUGUUCUGAGAGGGAAUUUAAGGUUUCCAUCUAGGAUUUUCAGGUCAGUCUCUGCUGAGGUUAAGGACUUGUUGAGGAAGAUGAUUUGCAGAGAUGUUUCCAGGAGAUGGUCUGCUGAACAAGUCCUGAGGCACCCAUGGAUCUUGAAUGGAGGGGAAACAAUUUCAAUGGACUGAUUUAAUCAAAGCAUUGGAAAGAGCAUAAAUAAGAGCUUAUUAGGAACACCCCUCGCCCCUUCCCUCCCC